AUGGACGCGACCUCACCCGAGCUCGAGCAGGCCCUGCUCGAGUGUGCAAACACCUUUGGGCUGUCCAGGUCCGUCAAGACCUGGAAAGACCUGCAGGAUGGCACGCUUCUGUGGGAGAUGCUGAAGCUCCUCGAUCCGGACUACUUCACCGGUGACCUUCCCGAGGACAGUCAGAAGACGGGCGAGAGCUGGAUAUCGAGAUGGCAGAACAUGAAAUUCAUCGACAAGGCUAUGACCACCUACCUCCGCGAAGUCGCCAUGAACGAGGGUCUGAUCCGUCUGCUCAACCCAGACCUGAAGGCCAUCGCCAUCGACAGCGAUGUUGUCCAGAGCACCAAGGUUAGAACUAGAACCCCCGCACAUGUGAUACGACACCUGGAGCUUCUACUGACGGAAAUCGUUUGCAAGAUGCUCAAAGGCCUGCUUAUGCUCGGCUUCUCAUCCGAAAAGGCGAACCCGGUCCUCACAAAUAUCGUUAGCAAGAUGCCACCGACCGAUCAGGGGCAUCUCGCCAUCAUGGCUCAGACCAUUCACGUUGCAAUGGAGAAGGCCAUGGAACCCCCGAAGCAGGACGAGUCUGUGGAGGAGGAAAUAACCUCAGAUGGCGAGGCGAGGCCGGACGCAAUCCAGCGCGAUCCUGAGCUCGAGCGCGAGGAACGUCUGAUCAAGGCGAACCAGGAGAUCAAGCGUCUUCAGACGAAACUGUCUGAGACGUUGGAGGACCUCGACGACGAGCGUAAGAAGAACGCUCAGCUGGAUGAGGCACUCGUUGAGGCCCGAGUCCUCCAGGAGACCCGCGGACGUCGGACCGACGAUGACGAGGUUACCGAGCUCAAGAUUCAGGCAGACAAGGAUCGCGACUACAUUGCCCAGCUGGAGACGGAUCUGGAGGAGGCAAGGAACCUCAACGAGAGCCAGGGCCGCCAGGUUGAGCGCUUGAAGGCCGAUGCUGAGACCAAGCAGGAGCUCCGUGAUGAGAACCAGCUGCUCAAGGCUGAGCGUGACGAGCUUCUGCAGAAGACCAAGGGUAUGGAGAAUCUGCGCAAGAAGGUCGAGCAUCUUCAGGAGCAGGUCAAAGUUCAGCAAGGGCUUCAGCAGCGUCUUCAGUCUCUUACUGAGGACCAGCAGGAGCUUGACCAGCUUCGUGAAAUGAACGGUCGCCUCAAGACCAUGAACGAGGAGACCAUGCAGACUCUUGCUACCACCGAAGCCGACCUUUUCGAGGUCAAGCAGACCAAAUCUCGCCUGGAGCAGGAGCUCAAGGGAGCCAUCGCGCGCGCUGAAUCGGCUACGGCCAUGUCCAACCGUUACCAGACUGAGAACCAACAGCUCGAGGAGAGACUCCGUGAAGUUGAGGACCGCUCAACGGGUAUCGAGGGUCUCGGAUCUCUGGCCGAUCAACUCAAGGACGAUGAUAUGGACACCAAGUCGAUUGCUCGGAAGUCGAUCAUCGUCAACACGGACAACGCCGAUGUUGAGCUUCUUCAGCAGAAGAUUGAGCUCCUCACUGCCAGAUGCCAGAGGGUGGAGGAGAAGUACCUGGAUGUCUUCCAGGAGAACCUUGGUCUUCAGGCCGCCUUGCAGGACGAGCAAUCGCUCAAGGAAGGAGACGAUCCGUUUGUUCAUCAGACCACCAAGUUGCACGCUGCGGAGGCCGAGGUUAAGGAACUUACUAACAAGGUUCAUGAGAUUACGGCCGAGAACAUGGAGAUCAAGGCUAAGCUUGCGGAGCUGACUGGAACGGGUAAGAUGGACGGCGCGUCUAGUGCUGACCACCAGACUAUGAAGGAGAACUACGAGCAGCUUCUUGCCGCACAUGACAACCUUCAGAAGCACGCCAAGACGCUCGACAACGAGAUCGACGACUGGAGGGCUCUUCUGCGCCACAAGCUGCUCAACGCCGACAUUCUCCGCCAGGAGGAUGCCGAGGCCCUCCAAUCCAACGAGUACAAGCUGCUCCAGGAGCAAUUGACCUUCCACCGUGAAGCUGCGGACGAGGAGGCCGACCAGAUCAAGAUCGCUAUUGCAUCGGAUGUCAUCAAGAAGCUGAGCAGCGGUCUGGCUGAUCUUUCAUCUCGCGAUCAGCGAAUCGCGGAUCUUGAAUCGAUGGUUAAGACGUUGAAGACGAACCUGGAGCGCAUUAAGAAGGAGGCGGGCGACAAGGCAUCGGUCGACGUCCAAAAGGAGCUUCAAGCCCUACAGCGCGAGAAUAAGCUCAUAAUGAGCGCUUGGUACGACAUGGCCAACAGGCUCCAAUCCAACACGGUCGUGCUCCAACGCACCAAGACCGAGACUCCAAAGUCCUGGCUCGGCCGCCAACGCAUGGAGGCGAGCCGCGGUAUUGCUGCCGGCCUGGGUGGAAUUGGCGCAAGUUUCCGCAGGUGA